GUUGGAUUCAUCGGAGAACCAUCCCCAUCGUGGUUCGUUAUCACCGCCUGUAAAAAAACUCAAAAUGACAACACCAAUCGCCCUCAAAGGCUACAGAAACUAAUCGAUUUCAGAUCCCAGUCUCCCGGCCGCUUCCAACCACCGAUACAACCCAAGGUUCACCGUCGACGAAUCGAUGAGUCCCUGCCGUUUCUCCAUUUCUCUCGUCUGGUUUCUCUGCCUUCAUUCCGCUCUCGCCUUUACUCUCACGAGCAAUACCACCCACAUCCUUCAGGACGUAGUGGAGGACAUAGCCAAGAAGCUGAGCUGGGAUUGGGAGGGAAUUCAUGUUUCCGAAUUAGUAACUAGCAAAUUUCGACUGGGUACAUCUCGAAGGUACGAGUUCCGGAUCCGAUUGGGGAAAAGUUACUUGCUUUUCAAGUUCCCUGACGACGAAGUGGAUUCUUGGAGUGCUAGUAAGUUCGAUAGACGAACAGCGGGUGGCGGUGAUGACGGUUUGAUGGGUUUGGUUAAGGAAUUUGGCUCAGUUCCCCUGCUGCGCACUUUGAAGCUCGAGGGUCCCUUUGUUUUGUCAGUCGCCGCCGGCGCCGGGCAUCUCUCCCUGUCAUUGCCGAUGAACACUUCAUACAGCGAUCUCAAACAUGUAGUUGUUGGCGAGGGAAUGACUGUAGAAGUCACAGGAGCACAAGAGGUCUCUCUUUUCCAUGGACUUGAUUUCGUUUUUGGAGGAAAUGAGAGCUUCAUUAAAAGAAGCAAGGAAAGGAAUAGCUUUCGCGACUUCUUCUAUUCCUUAUGCACACCAUUGGUCCCCAUACGCGUUAUUGGGUCUGCAUCACUGAGAGCCUACAAGACCAGGAACUCUGAAGACAUCAUCAACACAGUUUUCAUGUCCAAGAGCAUGAUUGAGUUACUACCAGAUAAGUGCUACAGUUGGAAUGCUCACACGAGAACGAAAAAGGCACACCCCUUUCAGCCUCUAGCCUCGAGAAUAGCAAAGCUGGAAAACGUAUUCAGCAUGUAUCUCGGCGAUAGAGUGCAGAACGACAGGCUGUGGGGAUUCAUGAGAGCAACUGUUAAAGCAUCAUCCAUUAUCCGGUUUCAGUUGGAGCUGGGAAAGACUCCUGAAAAGAACAAGACUCGUCAAGUAGAGUGGAGGACUAGACCUUUGGUUGAACGACUUUGGUUCGAGGUAACUGCGAGGAUCGAAGACGAGAAGCUGAAGCCGAUUAUGGUGAAGAAGGUUAGACCUUUCGUUUCUGUGGACACUGUUUCAUGGAGCAAUUUAAUGUCGAAUCUUUCAUUCACGAAGUUCCCUUCUAUUCUUGUCCCUCCCGAGGCUUUGACGCUGGAUGUGAAAUGGUAGUAUGCAUUACUUGUAAAUAGGUUAACUGAACAUCCCUCAUAUAUCAUAUAUCGUUGUCAUACAUAUGGUCUAUGAAAGCAAUGCUGUCAAAUGUGCCAUGUCACGUGUAUGCGUUAGCUUCUGUAACUACUCAUUUCACCUGUUGCAUCUGUAGAUAGUUAAUCUCCCAGAAACUGCAAUUUACCUCUUGAUCUUAGGCGUCAUUUUGGAUUGUGGUGGAUUGUCGGAAUGGGUAUAUCCUGAAGAAUACAUAGGUACAUAGAUGGUAAAGUGUACUAUUUUGGAUGAAUGUUUUUAACUUUGAAUUACAGGUGAUGAAUUGUAUAUCUCUACUGUGACAAUAAACAAGUACAGGAAAGGAGAAAACAGAGGGGAUUUCUUGUACCCCAAGAAAAAGAAUAACAACAUUCAAGCAACCACCAUUUCCACCUCUUCCUGGUCCUCAACCUCCUUAUACUUAUACCAUGAAGCACACACCAAAUAAACCCCCAAAUUGACAACACUCAAUCCGGCCAACAGCCAGUAAAAGUAGUGCAGCUUCACCCUGUUCAAGUUAUUACUCUCCAACCACCCACCACUAAGCCUGUUCACAACUUCCACCACCACCGAGCUCAAGAAAUACCCGAAUGAGCUCGAGCACAUCGAGAUCCCUGUCGCCAGGGCCUUCAUCCCAGCGGAGCUCUCCGAGUAGAAGAACUCCAUCAACCCAACAACUGUCAGAAACUCCGCGGCCCCAAAAAUGCAGUACUGAAACCCCAGCCAGAAGACGCUGUACGGCAGUGGAAGCAGCGAGUCGACCAUGUCGUUCUCGAUAGCUAAAUUUCUCCUCCUGGUUUCCACCACCGCAGCCACUGCCAUGGACGCGGCCGAGAGCACGAGCCCGACCCCUAUGCGCUGGAGGUGGCGGACCCCGCUGGGGACCCCUGUGAUGCCACGGGCGAAGGGGACGAAAACCCGAUCGUAGAGAGGGAUCAUCAAGAAGAUGAAGAGGAGUGGGAGUACUGGGACGGAUGAGGCCGGGACUUUGAACUCUCCGAGUUCUCGGUCCAUGGUGUUGCCCUGUUGAGUUGUGAAUGUCUGGAGUUGGGCUAAGCAGGUGUUCAAGAAGAUUGUGCUGAGGAUGAUGGGGAGCAUUCGGAUCAGGAUCUUGGUUUCUUCGACUUGCGUCGUCGUGCAGAGUCUCCAUGGAUCUGUUGAAUUUGCGUCCUCUGGCUUCGGUGUUUCUAGGUGCCUGUUUCUCAUUGCAGCUACAAGCACCUGCAGAAUUGAGAAUGAGAUGUGGUUUCCGUACCUGGGCAAUCCUCACAAAAGGGCUUCCAGCAGGGGCAGUGAUGCGAUAGAAACGCUUUCCCAAGAUGAGUACAGAGACGGCGAGCAAGACAGCCAGAGCAGAGAUCCCAAACGCUAAAUCCCAGCCUUUGUUCUCUCCGACCCACACGAUCAACGUCACACCAACAAUGGCUCCGGUCGUCAGGCUGAAAAAGAACCAGUUGAAGAAGUUGGAUAGCUUAGGAGCCUCUUCAGGGUCCUUGGGGUCGAAUUGGUCGGCUCCCAAUGCCGGCAGCGCCGCCCUCACUCCGCCGGCACCCAAUGCGAUGAGGUAGAGCCCGAUGUAGAGCACGGCGGACUGCCCGCUCGUGGCCGACUCGCACCGGGUCGGGUCGGUCACCUGGCCGCCAUUGCAGGGUGCGGGCCGGAGCUCUUCGAAAUGUGCUUGCAUUGUCAACAGAGCAUACCCCUGCAGAAAUAGAAAUUCAAUGUUGCUGUCAGUAAAUGAUAUACGAUCCAUAAUCGAAUCUAAAAUUUGACAAAAAGACGUAUACCAAAAGUUCAAAGCUGGCGAAGAGCGUGCACGCCAUGAAUUUGGACAGGUAGGUGUCGGCGAGGAAGCCUCCGACGAGGGCGAGCAAGAAGGAGGUGCCCAUGAAGUUGGUCAGAGUGUUGGCCGAUUUCGUGAGCCCGAAGUUCAUGAAGCUGUAGAAGUAGGUGAACAGGCUGAGCGCAUUCGCCACGAAGGCCAUGCUGUCCAGUCCUUCCAUGGCUGCCAUAACAUUAAGGAAACACAAUAGAAUUCGGACUUCUGAGUUGCAACAUUUACUUGUAAGUAAUUAAACAACUGCCCAAAAAAGGUUAGAGUAGCAAGUAAUUACCAAACACAGGAAGCACAGCUCUGUUUCCUCCAAGGAUCCUCUGUUUCUUCAUUGUUACAUCCUGCAAUCGUCGCAUCACAAAGGUUAGAACUUGAAUGCUUAAACCUAAACUAGAACAAAAGAUAAGUAUGUACGGAUUUUCAGUUUGUCUACCAUUCUGAAGAAGGGGGGUUUUUCUUCCCCUGCAGUACUGAUCUUCUUCUU